AUGCCGUUAUCGCAAAUAGAGAAGAGCGUCACCCACCUGCUAGUUGCUACGAAACAGCUUCUCGAAACCCUGACGCAGUGGUCUCGCGGGCAAGCAACUGAUAGCGAAGUCUCCGAUGUUUACGUACGAUUGGGAUAUGAAUUUAAUAUGGCAUGCCGUGCCUUCACGGCCAUUAAUGUCGAUGUUUCCGACUUGGGAAACGUCCCGGACCUCCUCCGCCACAUACUCGAGACGACACUAAGCCAGGAAGCAAGCUCCGAGAACCUGGAGAAAUAUCUGCCUAGGAUACGAGACAUCAUCAUCAACUUACUACACGGACUCAAGCGAAAACAACACAAACUUCGACAGAAGCAGAUGAGAGAUCGUGAGAGUACUGGUUCCGCCGCUAUCCCCGAGAGAACCACGAGCGUCAGCACCGUGGCAAGUGGCGCAAGUGGAUUGACCAACUUGCUCGAGGAGGGAAUAGAAAAUGGAUACAAGCCGGAGCCUCGGAGCGAAUCUAUGCCUCCCAUCCGCAACACGUCGCCUGCACGUCGAUUCAACUCUGUGCGAGAUCCGUCUCAGGAAACAGUAGCUUCGGAGCAGUCGUCGUUGUCGAGCAACACAAUGCAAAACAUCCCGGUGUUGCCCCCAUAUCCUACGGAUUCAUCAACAAUCCCAACGUUUCCAGUCAAGAACGAUGUCAAUGUCGACUCAUUUCCGCCGCCGCCGCCCACCCCUCCGGAUAAUACAUCUAGUGCUCUGGCAGCGCUGCAAAAGGGAGGAGAUCUUGAGCGACGUGCAUCCCGACGAUAUUCCCAGUAUCAAAUAUCAAAACACUUGGGAGGGUCGACUGGGGUGCCAAUGCUCCCAUCGCAGAAUGGCCCCGUCCCCAAUCGAGGCCAGAGAGAAGCUGCCAGGGAGUCCUUACGUGCAGUUCAAUCCAGACACUCGAUUCGCCAUAGUCGCAAUCCAUCAGCGCAGCCAAGAAAUGGGAUUGCGCAAGAAGUCUCUCCCGUUAGAGUUCCCAACCAAGUGUCAGAGGAGCAAUCCCCCCAGCUUCCUCCACCAGCCGAGAGUCCGGCGCCGGCUGAGAGCCCCCAAGACAAGCAUAUGUCGACCGCCACCUUGUCAGGCCCAUUAGCCGACCCACCCUACUUCGAACCUGAUACCCCUGAGGAAGCAAAAGUCGAACCGGAAAUACCCAAGAAGAAGGAGGAGACAAUCCAGACCCCACAACGAGAAACAAAGCCGAGCGAGUCCUAUUUCCAGGUCUCCCCCCCGCCGACGCCUACUCGUGAACUGACCCUCUUCCUUCAGUACAAGUCCAAAGUAAAGAAGUUCGUCUUGCCAGAAGGCCGCGAAGAACUCUCCCUUGGUCGCCUGCAACUCGCAUUCAUUGAGAAGUUUUCAUGGAGCACGCAACAGAAUGGAGCAGACUUGCCUGAAAUCUACAUCCAGGACCCCGUAUCUGGCGUGCGGCAUGAGCUGGAAGACUUGGCAGAUAUCAAGGAUCGCACAGUUCUUGUUCUGAACGUCGAACAGUUGGACGAGGUUAAACGACACUUUGACGAUGGGAUCUCAGCGUUGACAAAAAUUGUUCGUGAAGUUAAGCAAAACGUGGAUGACCAAGGAACUGCACUCCAACGAGUUUCCGACAUCCAGCAAGAAACGUCCAAGGAGUUGGCGAGAAUGGCAUCCGCCCCACCCGUUGUCUCCAGUGGUCUCGACGGCAUGCGGUCGCCUCUGGGCUUGGGCAAGAGACUCCCUGCUGGCCAACAAGGCGAAUUGCAGAGCCUCCGCCGGGAUCUCGCUGUUAUCCGCCAAACUUAUGCCAAUUUCCAAUCAGAGGUCCAGACCUCCAUGUCGGCGCUUCGACAGAAGGCUGCGAAUGUCAAGGAAGUGGCCGCUAAAGCCGUUAUUCCCGACAUGGAAGGCGAUGCUGGAUACUCAUACGUCGCAAGUGGCCGGAAGCAACUCAACUCCGACUCGGACCGCCUGGUUGGCAAGGUCGAUGACCUCCAGGACUUGAUCGAAGAUCUACGGAAGGAUGUUGUGCACCGCGGCGUGCGACCACUGCCCAGGCAGCUGGAGGGCGUCUCCAAGGAAAUCGGCGGCCUGACCAAGGAGCUCAAGAAGAUGGAGGACUACAUGAUCCAAGAGAAGCCCAUCUGGACUAAGAUCUGGGAGAAGGAGCUCGAGGACGUCUGCCAGGGCCGGGACGAGCUCCGCCUUAUGGAGGACCUGCUGGUGGAUCUGCGCGACGAUCUCGAGAAGGCCUCCGAGACAUUUGUGCUCGUCGAGCAGGCGACCAAGGAGCAGAUGAAGGACAACGGCACCAACGCCAGCGCCGGCUCGGCGCGCCAGUUCUCCAGGGGUCUCAACAGCCUCGGCAACAGCCUGGACCAGAACGCCGCGAAGGAGGGCGUCCUCGGCGAGGUGCGCGCCCUCCAGCCCAACCACGAGGACAGGCUCGAGGCCAUCGAGCGCGCCGAGAAGCUCCGCCAGAAGGAGCUGGCGAGCCGGAAGGGCAACCCGCUCCACCGUGAAAUUAAGGAAUUCGUGAAGGAGGGCAAGCUGAAGAAGUCGGGCGGCUUUGAAGAGGUGGAAAGACAGAGGGUACUCAAGGACGAGAGGAUACGCCGCGAGGUAUGGGAGGCCCAGAACGGCUACAUCCCCGAGGAAGGGGAAGAGUACGAGGAGUACGAGGAGUAUGAAGAGGAGGAAGACGGGGCACAGCAGGCAGAAGGAGGAGGCGAAGAGGCACCGGCGGCUGGUACGCCCGACGGGACGGCAGCGCAGGAAGCGAAAUAG